AUGAAUCAAUAUUUCAAAAUUAAAGAAAAACAUUCGGAUUAUUUAUUAUUAUUUAGAAUGGGAGAUUUUUAUGAAAUUUUCUUUGAAGAUGCUGUUAAAGCUUCACAAGUUUUACAUAUUACAUUGACUAAAAGAGGAAAGCAUUUGGGACAAGAUAUUCCAAUGUGUGGAAUUCCACACCAUGCAUUAGAUGCCUAUUUACAAAAAUUAAUUAAGAAUGGUGUUGUAGUUGCUAUUUGUGAUCAAGUAGAGGAUCCAGCCGAAGCCAAGAAGAAUAAGAAAAUAGUCGAGAGACAAAUUACUAGAUUAGUAACACCAGGAACAUUGACAGAGGAUAGAUUUUUGGAAGCAAGUGAACACAAUUAUUUAGCUGCUAUUGGAUUGCCAGAAAAAUUCUCAACCAAUGACGAAAAUCAUAAGGAGCAACAGGUUACUCUUUCAUGGGUUGAAUUAUCGACUGGUGAAUUUAAUUAUUUGAAUUGUUCCUUUGGUAAUUUACAAUCGGAGUUAUUGAGAUUGAGUCCAAGUGAAAUUUUGAUUCCUUCCAACUUUGAAUACGUAUUCAAGGUAAGACUGGAGGAAUACCAUGUCACUCUCAGAAAACCAGCUUCAUAUCAACACUAUGCAAAUUUCAUUCAAAAUCAUUUCAAAUUGGACAAGCUUUCAAGUUAUAGUGGUGUAAGUUAUUUAAUAAUAUUAAUUUCUCAUUAUCAAAUAGUUGGACAUAACUACAUGUGGAAUGAUUUUGGACUAUGUCAAAUGCCAACACUUAGUACACCUGAAAAAUUCAAAAUGGAAAGAAAUAUGUCUAUUGACUUGGCAACCAGAAAAAGUUUGGAACUCACACGGACCCUAUCAGGAUCUAGGAAGGGAAGCUUACUUUCAAUUAUUGAUAAAUGUGUAACAGCACCAGGUGCUAGAUUAUUGUCGAAUCGAUUGGCCUCACCAUUGGCUGUUCCUUCCGAGAUUGAGGAUAGAUUGGAUUGUGUAGAAUAUCUCACUGAAGAUAAAGUUCUCAUUGAUCAAAUCAGAGACUAUCUGAAGAAUUGCUACGACAUUGAAAGAGCCAUUCAAAGAUUGAGCAUGAGCAGAGGUUCACCAAAGGAUCUUUUCACAGUUGCAGCAACGGUUUCACAAUGUCAACAACUGAAGGAAAUUAUUUUGGAAAAUGAGGCGAGGAGACAUACCAAAUUACCAACAGUGUUGGCCAAAGUAGUGGAAGAAUUGAAUUCGGAUGUCCAACUCGAGGCGAUGAACGAGAUUUUAUCCGCCAUGAAAGAGUACGAGGACCUACCUACUUCUGUAAGUGAGGGAGGCUUCAUUAGGGUUGGAUAUUCAACAGAGCUUGACGAAUGGCUCAAAUUGAGUCAACACAGUGAAACCCUUAUUCAAGAUCUCCAAAAGGAAUAUAAGGACAAGACUGGAAUUAGUACAUUGAAAAUUAAGAAUAACAAUGUGAUGGGUUACUUUGUAGAAAUUCCAAGCUCACAACGUGAUAGAAUUCUUCCAUUUAAGGAGUUUUCACACAAGCAAACCAUGACUAAUGUAGUUCGUUUCAAGACUGACAAGCUAGAAGAAUUGCAAGAAAAACUUGGAAAGGCACAACAAGAAGCCAUCGAUAUGGAGCUGAAAAUCUUCUUCCAGCUUCAAAAGAAAUUACUAAUAAUUGCCAAAACACUACUCUCCUCUGCUCAAUCUAUUGCCUCAAUUGACUUGUAUUCAUCUUUGGCUUUGCUGGCAAGAGAGAGAAGCUAUACGAGACCUAAUGUAACACCAUUCAUUGAGUCUGAAGAGUUGGAAAAAUCGAAAAAGAAAGUUCCAAUCCUCAAUAUUCAAAAAGGUAGACAUCCAAUUGUUGAAUAUGCACAACAAAAUGUAGGAUUGACCUUUGUAUCCAAUGAUUGUACAAUGUUUAAUAAUGAGAAUAGACUCAUGCUUUUAACAGGUGCAAACAUGGCAGGAAAAAGUACAUACCUCAGACAGAAUGCCCUCAUUAUUAUUUUAGCUCAGAUGGGAUGUUUUGUUCCAGCUCAAAAGGCAGAAUUUAUGGUGGUUGACAAGAUUUUCAGUCGUGUUGGUGCCUCUGAUAAUCUUGCCAAUGAUCAAUCGACAUUUAUGGUUGAAAUGGUUGAGACUGCUAAUAUUCUCAAUCAAGCAACCAAUAAGAGUUUCGUAAUUAUGGAUGAAUUAGGAAGAGGAACAUCAGUUCUAGAGGGUUUGAGUAUUGCCACAGCUGUUAUUCAACAUUUACACAAUAAGAUUCAAUGCAGAGCUCUAUUCGCCACUCAUUUCCACGAGCUCAUUGAGAAGGCAAAGGAAUUGAAAUUUAUGAAACCCUACAAGUUGGAAGUACGAGUUAACAAAUCCAAUAAUAUCACGUUCACAUACAAGAUAGUUCCAGAUGAGAUUAUUGAUGGACAAAGUGCUGCAUCAACUCAUUCGUCCUAUGCCAUUCAAGUUGCUAAAUUGGCUGGUGUACCAUCUAUUGUAACAGAUGAGGCAGAAAAGAUUUUAGCAAAAUUAAAGGCAGAGAGAAAGUAA